CCGAUAUAUUUUCAACCGGAAGUAGUUUGCAUGUCAGAGGAUGGAGAGGAUGAGCACAUUGUUUCUCGGCGGCACAAUCUGUUUUACACUCACCAACGGUAAUGAAUGAAUUAAGUUUUACUCUAAUAAGAUAUCUAGCGCACACUUUAAACACACGUUGCCACACAGAGAAACUGAGUGACUGCGACGUUAUUCUGUGCACAAUAUAAUAAGAGAACGUCUUCGUCUUUGAGUUCAUAGACCAGGACAGAGAUGGCUGGAAUUCUGUUUGAGGACAUCUUUGAUGUAAAGGACAUUGAUCCCGAUGGCAAGAAGUUUGACAGAGUAUCUCGUCUACAUUGUGAAAGUGAAUCUUUUAAGAUGGACCUUAUCUUGGAUGUGAACAUUCAGAUCUAUCCUGUUGACCUUGGCGACAAGUUCAGACUAGUUAUUGCCAGCACGUUAUAUGAAGAUGGAACACCAGAUGACGGAGAGUACAAUCCUCAGGAUGACCGGCCAUCUAGGGCGGACCAGUUUGAUUAUGUGAUGUAUGGGAAGGUUUACAAGAUAGAGGGCGAUGAGACUUCAACAGAAGCAGCCACACGCCUCUCUGCCUACGUGUCUUACGGUGGCCUUCUCAUGAGGCUGCAGGGAGAUGCCAACAACCUUCAUGGCUUUGAGGUGGACUCCAGGGUCUACCUCCUCAUGAAGAAACUGGCCUUCUAAAACCCAACUCUGCCUGCCCACUUACCCUGGUU